CUGGAAAGCAUCUUUCCGGACAGUGGCAGUAGCAGGUCCCGCGGCUGCCAUGAGCUGCUCGGAUGUGGUGAGGCACCACCCGCCCCAGCUGAAGCUGCCCAGUGCGACGGCUGCGGCAGCCUGUCCCGCGGCUCCUUGCCCCUUUCCUGCGCUGCCUUUCCCGCAGAGCCAACAGACCAAGUUUGCUGUACAUAGCAAGAUGCAGGAAUCUCUGGAAGCAGCCCUUCCUAACAAACAAGAAGAAGAUGAGAAAGACCAGCCUGCUGAGAUGGAAUACCUUAACUCUCGCUGCGUCCUUUUCACUUACUUCCAGGGAGACAUUGGGUCAGUAGUGGAUGAACACUUCUCAAGAGCAUUAAAUCAAGCUAGCAGCUUCAACCCAGAGCCAGUCAUUUGCAAAAGCAAGCCAGGGCUAAAUCCACUAUGGAGAGAGAACUCAACAAUAGCACGUCAAAGGAGUGGUUUCCCAGCUUCAUUUUGGACCAGUUCUUAUCAAACUCCACCUCCACCAUGCUUGAGUGGAGUUCAUCAUGAUUUUCCAGUUACAGCACCAAGCACCUUCUCAGCAGCAGAUCCUAGCAACUGGCCAGGACGUACCCUGCAUCAGACUGCUCCACCUCCUCCUCCUAGCAUGUCAGAAUCCUGGCAUUAUCCUUUAGCAUCUCAGGUGAGUCCUACAUAUGGACACAUGCAUGAUGUAUACAUGCAUCACCAUCACCCCCAUGCUCACAUGCAUCACCACCACCCGCCGACUUCACACCUUGACCCCGGGUACAGACCUUUGCUGAUGCCUUCAGUUUGUACAGGCAAGAUUCCUCCACCACAUUGUGAUGCAGCCAAGACAGAUUCUACUGCUGUCACCAGUGCUACCUCAGCAUGGGCAGGAGCUUUUCAUGGGACAGUCGACAUUGUGCCAGCCUUUGGGUUUGACACAGUAGGCAUACAGCACCAGGAAAAAAGUAAGGAGACACCAUGGUUUUGAAGUACAAGUGGAUCUUAUUCGUAGCCAGUAUUAAGAGUCUCCAUCUUUGUGAAGGGAGUGCUGCAAUUUCUUUUCACCAUUUCUGUACAGUGGCAACAGACAUUCUGCUAAGCAGAUGGAGAGGCGACCAGCCAUGAUUUUGUGAUUGAGUCUUUACCUCUGAAAGGCCAUUUCUCAUUCCCAGGACAUUUUUAAAAAGCCUUUCUGUUGUAUAUUGUUUAUCAUCUGAGCCUGCAGCAGCAUUUCUGCAGCCUAACUUGUUGCUCCUGUAACAAUGUUUUGCUUGGUUGAUACACACACACACACAUACACACACACACACACACAGCCUUGAUGGUCAGGAGAGACCUGGCCUUGACUAGUUGUCACCCGGUCAGGAAUACAGUUUUUUGUAGCUCUUUGUGCAUCUAUAUUUUGUAGAAAUACAGAAAGUUUGCAUAAGCAUUGAUGGGCUAUUUUAGAACAAUGUAUUUUUUUAAAAAAAAUGUAAAAAGGUAAAGUUCUGUUUAAAGAACUUUCUCUUGGAGAAGCACUGGCAAAAUGUGUAAAGUGCAUAUUUUUAGAUGUCUGACAUGCUUGUAUGGGAGUUUGUUGUUAUUGCUAUCUGAAGCAUCUGUCAUGAAAUGAUUCAAACAUAUAUGUAAAAGUCCCACAAGAUCUUGAAUGUAUUUUGCUUUUUGCUUAAGUGAUUAUUCAAAUGUAUAGUAUUUUCUGUGGCAGUACUCUAUUACUAAAGAAAAAGAAUAUCUGCUUUGCUGCUUCUGAAGAUAACUUUGAGCAGUGCAACCCAUGAGAAAAUAUUGUUGAAACAAGGCACAGAUGCUAUUUAAACUGUAAGCCUACAUAGAUGGGUAGCUGUUCCUUAAACUGAUUUCAGCUACACUGCUGAUAUAUACCACUGCUGCUGAAGACAGAGCCAGUGCCUGGCUCUUGAGGCUAAACUGCAUUUUGCUGGCCUACAUUUCUGCAAACCUCUCUCUGUGUCUAUACACAUCCCCAAGGGUGUUUCCAAAGGAACGUUUCACUUUUUAAUCUUGAAACGGAAGACUUACACUCCAAAUUGCAAAAUUGUAUUUGAAACUCCCCAACCAUUUAAAACACCCUGGUAGUACUAUUCUUAGGGCCCAAACUAUAGCUGGAAAUCUUUUCUGCCAGGCUAUGAAGCUCAUAUGGGGCUGAAAGGCCCACAGGGUACUGUGAAGGAGGACUAGUAUAGUUGUUAAGUUUCAACCCAGCACAAUAAACUGUUACCUUAGUAGCAUAUACAUACAAUAAAGAAAGUUUCAUUGGAAGCCAAUAUACGACUAACUGAAGAAAAAAUGUGCUCAUCACUAAAUUCUUAAUUACCUAGCUCUUACAAAGUAAUAGCUAUUCCUCAAGUGGAAAUAAAUCCAGCAGGCAUGCCUGAGGUCAUGUUCUGCAGGUAUCAUUAGACAAACUUUCAGUGAUGGCUUUUUCACUCUGGAUCAGGCUCCUUUCUAUGAGAACUGUAUGUUCAAAACUCAGUAUUUUGUAAUAUUGGAAUAAAGUUAUUCAUUUU